GUUUGGAUUAUUUUAUGCAAGUGAAUUUCCAUUUCUAGGUUGAUUCUGUAAUUGCAUGAUUCAGAGAACAUACUUACCUGUUCCCCUGAUUCCAGAACUGAAGGAUAGUACCAUCCUCGGUUAUGAUCAACCCCGGUUAAAAUCAGCAAACUUUAGCAAAGAGUCAAAGACCCAUGUUGUUUGGAAUUGCAGAUUUCACCCAGAUGCCAACUGCCUAGGUUCAAAUGUAUGCAAGGGUUUUUCUUCAAGGAAAGAAUUGAGAAAGGAAAAGACCUUUGUUUCGCUGUGUGAUUACAUUGGCCAUCCACAGAACAUCGUCUCUGAUAAUGAAACGCCCAGCUUUGCCAUCUCAAAGCUUCUCUCUAGAUCACAUUGCUCUCUUGUUGCAGAAAUGCCUAAAAGCAAAAGCCUUGAAACCUGGCAAGCAAGUCCAUGCUUGGUUACGACCGGAACUGAUAUGAAAAUAUUAUCGUUGAACGCAAAGCUCGUUGGCAUGUAUGCGAGUUGUGGGGAUUUGGGUUCUGCUCGUUUCAUCUUCGAAAGGAUUCAAAAGCCGAAUGGUUUAGCUGUGAAUUGGAUGGUUUUGGCCUCUGCAUUUAAUGGGUACUUUGAAGAAGCAAUAGGGUACUUCUCUGUAAUGCGGGGGUCGAUGAAUUUUUGCAAUAAAUUUACGUUUCCCGUUUUGUUGAAAGCUUGUGUUGGGUUGAUGGAUUUGAACAAGGGGAAGGAAGUCCAUGCCAUUGUUAAAAUGACGGGGCUUGAGAGUGAAGUAGGUAAUCCCCUGAUUGACAUGUAUGGUAAAUGCCGGCACUUAUGCUAUGCUCGUAAGGUGUUUGAUAGAAUGGUUGAGAGAGAUAUUGUUUCCUGGACAUCGAUGAUAUGUGGGUACUGCAACGUGGGAAAUAUGGAUAUAGCAUUUGAUCUGCUCCAGAGAAUGAAAUUGGAAGGAUUGAGCCCUAACGACUUCACAUGGAAUGCGUUGGUAUCAGGCUAUGCUCGGGUGGGAGAUAUCAGAGGUGCAGUUGCUCUUUUUGAUAGAAUGAUUGGAGAAGGUUUGGUUCCUGAUUUGAUUACAUGGAAUGCUAUUAUUUCAGGUUACCAUAACAGGAUUGCUCCCAGCUUGUGGAUUGACUGGAUCAAUUCAAAAAGUGUGAAAGAUGCUGAGAAUGUGCUUGAAAAGAUGCCCAUCAAGAAUUCUGCGUCAUGGAAUGCCUUGAUUGGAUGCUAUGGGAAACAUGGCAUGAUUGAUUCCGCAAUAAUGCUGUUUGAAAGGAUGCAGGAAGAAGGAAUACAGGCUAGUGGUUUGACCUUAACUUCUGUUCUGUCUGCAUGCAGCCACAGUGGUUCUGUUGAGAAAGGAAGGAUGGAAAAAGCUUAUGAAUUAAUAAAAGAGAUGCCAUUUGAAGUUACUGAGUCAAUUGCCUGUGCCUUCUUCCAUGGAUGUAAGAUCCAUGGUAGACAAGAUUUGGCUAAAUUGAUGGGUGAAAAAAUUCUGAAAAUGGAAUUAAGAAAACCAGGAGGUUUUGUUACCCUAUCAAAUAUUUUUGCUGCUGAUGGUGAAUGGGAAGAGGUUGAGAAUCUAAGGAAGAUAAUGAAGGAGAAGAGAAUCCAGAAAGUGCCAGGCUUUAGCUGGCUUGAGAAGAAAGAUGAUUUGGCUGGGCCAAAGGUAGAAGAGGAAAGCAACAGAAAGAGAGGUGACACAUACUAAUCAUUGCCAGUUAAUAUGGGGACGAGUUUCAAAAGACACUAUACCUAUCAUAAUCAUAUUAGUCAUCAUCGUGACACUUGUGCUUAAUUUGGGGAAAUGCUUAAUAUGCGGUACCACUGGAGAGCACCUGAAGCCAGGAAGGUAUGCAUUACAUGCUUAUACUAUUUUCUUGAUUAUGCAUGUGAAACCAUAUUUUCCCUUGAGACUUGUCUUUUCAUUACAUAUGUUAAGUUUUUGGAUGCUAUAUUCAGUCUUGUGUAUUCAAUACAAAACUAACAGCAUU